AUGACAACUGAAAGAUUACUUGCCUCGCGUUAUAUCCACGAUUAUGAACGGGUUCCCCGGCGGUGGAUAUCAGUUCUUGUAAAUGGAGGGUCUUUGGUGCUUGGUGCUCUGUACUAUGUUAUUCUUCAAUCAUUUUUCUUCGGUCUUUCGCUCAUGCUUUUCUUUGUUGUGGCUACUACUGUUAUAUCCAUAUGUUCAUCACUAGCCAUUCAAUUCGUCAACAGACGUGAUGCUGCUAAACUUCGUGAUUUGGCAAAAGAAAGCGGUUUCUCAACCAUUCACUAUACUUUAAGUGUGAAGUUUCAACUAACCGAAAACGUACGCGUCACUAAGUGGCUUGCACGCAUCUCAGCUGGUAUUUCAAUAUGGGGAGCAUUUGGUAUGUCCAUGUCAGCGCCUUGCUUCGUGCUGCUCAGCGAAGAUAAUCCCGUCAACCAUCUACUGUAUGCCUUUGUGGACUGUUAUUUAGCCAUAUCGUUUGCCAUCGUCGUCUGGCUGUCAUUAUUAGCUUUGGGUGAAACAAGGCUGUUACGGGAUCGUAUACUAUCAUGUUUUUCGCGUAAGCAACUUACUGCUAAUGAUGAGUGUUACUAUGAACCAGCAACGCAGAAUGCAAAAGGCACGACAGACAAGUAUUUUGAUCAAUUGCAGUCCGCAUGGGCCAUGUGA